AUGGCGGUUACUCCUGCUGAAGAAACAUUUACUGACUUUGAAAAGGCUGAAGAAGAAACGGAUGAUCAGAGCAGACUGCCAGAUUUCAGACGGACACCCCAGAUAAUAUUACACCGAAUAGACUUCCCUUUAAAGGAUGUUGUAAAAGAAGAGAUUACUGAAGAAGAGCAUAUUUUUAACUUAAAAAGCAGCUGUUGUUUAAAACAGGAAGAAGGAGGACAGCUGAGCAGAAAGGGAGAGCAAGAAGAGCUGGAAUAUCAGGAGAUAAAAGUUGAGCAAGAGGAGUUUGCAUUUCAUCAGAUAAAAGAAGAGCAAAGUGAGGAAGUACAUCAAAGGAUAAAACACGAGGAGAUUAAAGAUGAGCCGGAUGAAAUGUCUCCUCACCAUGAAGACAAAGUACUUUGGGAGAUAAAUGAGGAUCAGGAAAAGCUUCAACAACAGCUGAUAAAAGAAGAACUGGACAGCGAAGAUAAAGAUCAUGUUGUAGUGAAGCUGGAGACUGAUAUCUUCUUGGUGACUCCUAUGAGCGAUCAAAAAUACCAACAAGAAUUCAGUAGAGAGCUACUUACCUCCCAGCCCCAGGAUCACAAAGGGAAGAAUCAUAAAUACUUAGGAUCAAAAAGAGAUAAAGAGUUGAAGCAAAAUAAGAGGUGUUUGAAAUCUAGACAGCCAAAUGUCAGCGCUGAUUGUACAAAACAAAAUGGGCCCCAAACAACUCAGGAUCAACAUUCGUAUUCUUGUGGGAUGUGUGAUAAAAGGUUUAUUGAAAACAGCUUAUUGACUGAACAUUUAAAAAAUCACACAAGCGAGAGGCCUUUUUCAUGUGAGAUCUGUGGAAAAGGUUUUAGCCAACCAGGGCAUGUAACUGUUCACAUGAGGACUCACACAGGUGAGAAGCCUUUCUCCUGUAAGAUUUGUGGAAACACUUUCAGUCAAAAAAGCUCUUUAAUUAUUCACUUCAGAGUUCACCGGGAUGCAAAACCUUUCUCGUGUGAUAUUUGUGGAAGACCUUUCAGUCAAAAAAGCUCUUUAAUUCUUCACAUGACCUCUCACCCUGGUUGGAGGCCUUUCUCAUGUGAGGUCUGUGGAAAAGGCUUCUGGAGAAAAAGCUCCCUACCCGUUCACAUGAGAACUCACACAGGGGAAAAGCCUUUUCUGUGCAAUCUUUGCGGAAAAGGUUUCAGACAAAAAAGUUAUUUGGCUGCACACAUGAGAGCUCACACGGGUGAGAGGCCUUUUUCAUGUGAGGUUUGUGAAAAGGGGUUUACUCGAAAGUGCCAUUUAUCUGAUCACAUGAGGAUUCACACAGGCGAGAAGCCUUUCUCCUGUGUGACCUGUGGAAAGAGUUACAGAAUAAAAUGGCACCUAACAAAACACAUCACAACUCACAAUGAUCAGGACUCUUGGGUACAACCUGUGGAAGAAGAUGAAGCCAUGAAAACUGAUUAAAUUUAAACAAAUUUGACAGUAAUUGUAUCAAACCUAUGAUUUUUGUCUUAACAUAUAAUUUAUUAAAUUAAGAGAACUUCGCAAAAUGGAAAGAUUCUUUAUUUGUUUCCAAAAAAUGUCUGAUUUAUUCCCUAACUAUACUUUAAGAAAUAAUAUGUAAGAAUUCCUAUAAAUCACCCAAAAAAGCAUCAUUUCUGUCAACAAGCAAGAACGUAUUUUAAUAUCCUGUCCAGGGAAACAAUAGCUGUGUGGUUUCUGAGGCUCUUUGGUUCUUUCAGUCGGCACCAACCCUCAAAAGCUGGACUGGUGUUCAUCAUUAUCAUUCUGCUAAAGCGCGGAGAAGAAGCCGUUUCUGAGCCCUAUUAUGGAGCUACGAUAUGUGGAGCUACUAUAUGUGGCAACAUAUAGUAUGCCUGAGCUACUACAGCCUACUUUUCCUUUUUAUACAGUCUUUUUGAUCUAAAGUUGGAAUUGUAAUCAAAAUAAAUAUAUAUUUUGGACCUGUCAAAUGUAUAAAACAAUUAUUCAUAAACUACAUAUCUUGCAGUAAAAUUAAUACCUUUUUUCCAAACCAGUGUAGAUGUUCUGUGGAUAUAUUAUAGUUAAAAAAAAGUUAGAAGAUUUGAUAAAAACGUAUCUAUGACCUUAUAAUAUCUUAUUUCCCUGUCAGCACAAACAGAGGCUACGCUGGCAGAUAUGAGCCCCUUGGAAAGAGUGGAGAAAUUUCAGUUUUGUACCUUUCCUUAUGAUACAUUUUGUUCUCAAAAUGAAGUCUUGAAUUUA